AUGUACAUCAUCAGUGGUCUGCGUUCUCGCGAUAGAACUGAGGCGGUGUGCCAGGUAUUGGGGAGGGAACGUUGCCAUCAGCAGGUCGCAAUCCUUUAUUUCCGGCCCACCACGUUCCGGAAUUUUUGCUUCCUUUUUUUUUCUCUUCUCGUAGAUCCAGCGCCCCAUGUUAGCACCAGUUCUUUUUCGUUCUUCAUUACAUUUUUUGGUCGCGAUUGUUAUUGUAGUUGUUUCUUCCUCAGUGUUGUUGUCUGUGUCGUUCUCAUGUCGCCUUCUUUAUCUCCUUCUUCUUCUUCUUCUUCUUCUUCUUCUUCUUCUUCUUCUUUGUCACCAUCCUCCUCGUCUUUUUUAUAUAUAAAAACUUCUAGUUCGUUGUCGUCUCUUUUUCUAUAUAAAAUCUUCUUGCGAUCAUACCACAACACCUUUCUUCUUUUACACCUCUUCUUGUUAACGUUUCUUGUCAUCAUUUUGACAUUCUCCCUUCUGGUCCAUUUUCCCAACAAGCUAACAAUCUUCUUCUUCUUCUUCUUCUUCUUCUUCUUCGUCGUCGUCUUCUUCUUCUUCUUCGUCGUCGUCGUCUUCGUCUUCUUCUUCUUCUCUCUGUCAUCCUUUUUCUUCUUCCUUUCUUCGCUAAGUAGUCUAUCUUUCCUGUUGACAUCAACCACAUUAUCUUUUAUCCUUUAUUUUUUUCAAUUCUUUAUCUUUCUUCUUCAUUAUCGUCUCCAAAAAAACUGUUUACUGUCAUUUCUUCUUCUUCUUCUCAUUAUUAUUAUUAUUAUUUUCCUUAUCCACACUCCCAUUAAUAUAUCUUUUUUUUUUAUUUUUCUUCUGUUUCCUUUACAUUUUCUUUCCUAUUUCGUUUUCUUCUACCAUUCUUUUAUCGUUCGCGAAGACUUCUUUUUUCUGAUUCAUCCUAGUUCUUAUUGUAAUUCCAGUUGUAGUGAUUCACACUAUGCCAUGACCCCACAACCAAUCACCGGUCCGGAAAUGAACAAACAACUUUCAAGCGAUCCGUGA